AUGCCAGUCGCUGCGAACGUUCACGUCUCAACCCACCCCCUCCUUCAAGCCAAGCUCUCCCAGCUCCGAUCCUCCUCAACAACCACCCGCGAGACGAGAUCCCUUGUCCACGAAAUCGCAACAAUUCUCGGCGUGGAAGCUUUUGCGGGCUGGAAAUCCACAAGUACAGGCAAAACAGAUCGCACGCCGUUAGACAUCGAGUAUGAAACGAAAGGCAUUGACCCCGCCAAUGUCGCAUUGGUGCCCAUUCUCCGCUCAGGCCUGGGCAUGAUCGAGGCGAUAAACGACCUCCUCCCUGCGCCCGUACCAAUCUACCACCUCGGCCUCUUCCGCGAAGCCUUCUCCCUGCAGCCCGUAGAAUACUACAAUAACCUCCCCUUCAAGCGCUCCGGGGAGUCCGCCGACACCAACACCGCCGCUGCCUCCGUCGCCGUCCUCCUAGAUCCUAUCAUUGCAACCGGUGGUACAGCGGAAGCGGCUAUCCACCUCCUCCGCGAAUGGGGUGUGAAGCGUGUAGUAAUGCUUAGUGUUCUGGGCUCGGAGGGCGGCGUGAAUCGUGCGGCGACUUGUUGGCCUGAGGGGGUCGAGGUUUGGAUCGGGGCUGUGGAUGAGGGAUGUAAUGAGAAGGGGAUGAUUGUUCCUGGGCUUGGGGAUAUUGGUGAUCGGCUAUUUGUUGCGAUUGGGAAGUAG